GACCACUACAACAAUAUAGAAGUGUAAAAUUGCAGUCCUUUGCGCAGGAGGUGUGGUUACGUUGAGCAACUUGUUUGAUGAGUAAAGCAGAAGUAGUAGAAAAUGACUAGCACCAAAAAGAUGCAGUCUCCUUCACGACCGCAGCCAUUUGAGUAUCGUGGCUCGCUGACUCAAGUGAAUGUGGAUGUGGACCCUGCUACGAGUGGAGAUCAGGAGGAUGCGGUUAGACCACAAGAUGACUCAUCUCAUAAUAUUAAUCAUAAUACUGCAGAUGAAGCAGCAGGCUGCAAAAUAUUCAAGCUUUCCAAAAACAACAGCAACCUUCCAUUAGUUCCGUUCUUUCCGUUUCCUCCAGCGCUUGAAAGUCAAAUUUUGGCGACGACGACAGAUUCUUUCUCAGCUGCUAGUGGAUUUCGAAAGAAAGGUGGAGCAUCUUCCUCGUCUGGUGCAGGUGGAAGCGGUACUAGAGCCAGCGGGCCCUCAAAUAAAAAGGGCACACCUCAUGAUCCCCGCUUUACCGACCUAAUCAAAGAGGUUGAGGAGACGGUGACUCACGUAGCGCCGUACCAUGAUAGUAGAGGUGGAAGUGGAGCUGGGAUGUCCUCUGGCAUUAACGCCUUAACGCGAGUCAACGUGAACGCAAACGCUGACAGAGCGAUCAGUAAUAUGUGGCAAUUGCUAUACCGGUUUACGCAGUUACCGUUGACGGAAGAGCAGUUGAAAGCACUGGUUGGCUAUCAGAAAGUGAUGGAAGCUGAGCAAGAGGAAAAAGAUGAACUUUCAUUGUCCAGUAAAAUCGGUUUCGUCCGCGCUGCUGGUGUCCUUUUGGCUCGCCUAUGCCUGAGCCCAGACGACUGCGUUCAACUUAUCGUGCCUCAUUGUUUCUUCGACAUGACCUCUUUCGAACCGUAUAUGAAGAAGCGAAAAAUCCGGAAGCUCGUAUCAUCUACAACGAACAACUAUACUCCACAAAACAAGCCUGAUGAUCAUCAACAUCUACUACAAACGCCUGCAGCAGGCGCGGGAAAUGCUGCUCUUGCUGCACGUUCUAGUCCUUCUAAAGGAAGUCCUUUUUCCUCGGAAAAAGAAGCUUCGCUGGACAAAGACGAAGACGCGAGAGCGAGUAAUCAAAGCUCAGAGUCAGACGAGUCAUCAGAUUCCGAUUCAGACUCCGAUUCCGACAGUUCCACAACUGGGCAAAUAACGCUUGGUGAAUUCGUGGAGGAACUCCUUUUAGAAGAGAAAUUUGCGGACUCGCUUCCCAGAUGGACUAUACCUACGAAGAGGCGGCUGGGGCCAUUGUUUUUAUCCUUGAAGCACAUUCGUAGACGGUGUCUCAUGAAUGCGGAAUUGCUGGAUAAGGUGUUUAUCUGUGCUGGUGAGGUUGGCGAGGAUAAGGAUGAAAAGAAGGAGAAGCAGAAGUUCUUACAAGAUGGUGAAGAAGGCGCAAGCAGAAGCAGAAGAUCUUCUCAAGAAAGACGGGAAUCAGCAGCAAAGAAUCUCCAGCCGCUUGUUUCCGUGGAUGUUUGUUUAGGGUUUUCCAUUGCAACUUCAAGAAUCCCGGAUAAUCAUGGCGGCGAGGACCUGCCAGAAGAAGCGGCGCCAGAAAUCAAAAUUUCUGUCGUCAAUACGCCGGCACCUACUCCAAAACCUCAAGCAAGUUCAGUGAAUCCUUUGAAGAAAAAAUUCGACUUGAGAGCGGCCAAGGCGAAUAAGAAGAACAACAAGGCUCGUCCGGUUGACCCCCCAGCUGAACAGGCUACGAAACUAGCGAUUGGAAAACCCAGCGCGACAGCUAAUCCUGCUAAUGCAACUCCCGCCUCAUCCGCUUUCCCCGACGUCUUAGACCCUGACCGUUGGGUUCGAGGUGCUUUUCUCACUGUAGACGAGGAAACCGGUUUUGCUAGAGUUGCUUUUGAUACCCAAGAUCCUUAUGUGAAGUCUUUGGUCGACAAAUGGACUGCGGCUGAUAAUGGUCGUUGUGUACAACUUGUUCGGGGUCCAGUGACAUCAUCGCAAGACGAAUUGGACCAUUGCGCCUUCAGUUUCGCAUCAGAAAGGAGGAGACGGGCAGAGGGUUUGCAGAAUGGGCCGAUCAACAUCUAUGAGGAUGUGGUGCCAGCGAAGAGAAAAGGCUCCUCGUCAAUAGGGGAAGAAGUAGACGACACUUCUGCUUUCGUUGUUUUCGAAGUAUUCUUCGGUCUAGUGGUUUUACCUCCAAGCCCUUCUUCUCCAACAGGAAUCGGGCAUAGCAGAAGCACUUCUACAUUCGGAGGAAGUAACAGACGACCCUCAUCUUCAUGUUCAAAUAAGCUCAUAGUGGCCGAGCUGGAUUUCGUUUCUGACGAUGAGGAGGAGGAAAACGGCGGCAAGUACAUCUAUGAUUGGUCUCGCAGUAGAGGGUACUCAAUAGCAGAUUUGCAGAGGAAAUACCUCUACAUUUCAAGGCAAGCUGCAAGCAAAGAAAAAGAGGAUACCAAGAAAAGCGCUUUCUCGAAUAAGGGUAACAAGGGACGUGGAGGUGGUGGUGGCCACCGUGGGGGAUACCAUGCGGCUUCCGGUUCUGGCCCUACUUCAGGAAGAAGAGCAGACCAGCAUCUUCUCAAGGUGGAGAGUGCCGCUGAGCGGUUUGCCAGAGAGGAGCAGCAGAGAAGAAGGGAAGAGAUCAGAAACAAGUAUUUGCCUGUGCGGAAAAAACACAAGGGAGAUAAUCAAAGCUACAAUAGCUCAACAGGAUAUUUGAAUUCUAAGCCUAACUUUGGGGAUGAUGUGGAUAGAUUUUGAUCAAGCUCUUCGUGGUCCUCUUUCCUGUUUCUUGCGCUGAAAAGAACUGUUGAACUGUUCUCUUGUUCACGUCGUUUUCUAGGUUGUUCUGAUCACGGCAACGAACCUGGUAUCAUAAAAAGCAUUUAAGGAUCCAAAAUCGUGGAAACUGAUUAUCAC